UGGCAGUUCUGUUUACGUGUGAGCUUGUCAGCUCUCAGCUGUGAAAACUAAAAAUGAAAAGGAAAGGAAAGCUGAAUAAAUAAAUCAGAGAUUGAAGAGUUAGAGCUGUGUUGUUAUUGUAUAUUUUAUAUUGGUAAAUACCAAAUCGUGUAAAGUAAAUUAAAAUUGGAUGAUUGUAUUAUUUAUAGACUAUCUUAUUUAUUCUGUGAUAUCUCUAAUAACAUUCAUCAGUGUCCUUAUUUACUUGCCUUACAUGGAAAAAUAUGCAAUAGCUUGAGUGGACUCUUCCACCUACCAUGGCUACAACAGAUACAUCAUUUAAAUCUAAACGGCCAGCUGAUGGCACAUUCAAGCAACAAAGACUUCCUGCUUGGCAACCAAUUCUGACUGCUGGUACAGUUUUGCCGACUUUUUUUGUGAUUGGAAUUGCUUUUAUUUCCAUUGGCGUCGGCCUGUUUUACGUUUCAAAAGGGGUGAGAGAGAAAACAAUAGAUUACACGCAGUGUGCGAGCAUAGAUAAUCCACCUAGAAAAUGUGCAGAAAUUAUUGGUGACAAGACAAAUGCCUCUUGCCGGUGUAGCAUUAAUUUCGAAAUUGAAGACUUUGAGGGAACCGUGUACAUGUAUUAUGGGCUGACCAACUUCUAUCAGAACCACAGACGGUACGUGAAGUCGCGCGACGACAGCCAGCUGCUGGGUGAGCUGAGCACGACUCCUUCCGAGGACUGUGAGCCUUUCGCUAUUGACGAGGACAACAGCAAGCCAAUCGCACCAUGUGGAGCUAUAGCCAACUCAUUAUUCAGCGAUACGUUGGAGUUGAACAAUUUAAAAACAGGAAAGCCGGUUCCUCUUCUGAGAACUGGAAUCGCUUGGGAUUCUGACAAGGAGAUCAAAUUUCGAAAUCCAAAGGGAGCCAGAACAGUUGAGCAAUUGAAAAAAGCCUUCAAAGACUUUGCCAAGCCUAAGGCUUGGACGAAAGACAUUUGGGAGCUGGAUACAGAAAUUGACGACAACAAUGGAUUUCAAAAUGAAGACCUGAUUGUCUGGAUGAGGACAUCAGCUUUGCCUAAUUUUCGAAAGCUCUAUCGUCGUAUCGACCAUUCAUUGCAGGGUUAUGAGAAAGGAUUGCCAGCCGGCAACUACACCUUGUUAAUUAAUUACAGUAAGUACGGUCGAUGGUAAUAUUUAUAAGUUGUUUGAAUUGAUGACUCUUGAUUUAUAUGAAAUCACAAGUGGCUUUUUGAGUCUCUAGUGGUCAUUAGCUCUCAU